CCUCCUGCAGUCACGAGGGACAGGCUGCAGCUUGGUUGGCGGCGAGUAGCCUGCAGCAUUCGCCCGUAGUUACGAUGAGUUUACCCCUCAAUCCCAAACAUCUCCUCAGUGGAUUAACAGGAAAGCCAGUGAUGGUGAAACUUAAGUGGGGAAUGGAAUACAAGGCCUACCUAGUGUCUGUAGAUGGCUAUAUGAACAUGCAGCUUGCAAAUACAGAAGAAUACAUAGAUGGGGCAUUGUCUGGACAUCUGGGUGAAGUUUUAAUAAGAUGUAAUAAUGCCCUUUAUAUCAGAGGUGUUGAAGAAGAGGAAGAAGAUGGGGAAAUGAGAGAAUAGCAUCUUUUCUGGGUGUAUAUAUAUAUAUAUAUAUAUAUAUAUAUAUUUCUAGACAAUAAAGGUUUGUUUGUUUUUCAACUUGAAAA